UCUUAACGAACAGCAUGAUGUUUAAUAUUCUUUGUCUUGCAUUAAUGAUAUGCAGUAGCCUUGCUGUUCCACUAACAAGUACCACAGUUCUCCCCACUACUUUGAAUGUGAGUGUACAGAGUGCACUAGAUAAAUUACGACAUAUUGUGGGACAGCAAGUUGCUGUUUUGUGGCAAAGUGCUGACACAAAUAAAGAUGGAAAAUUUACUGCCUCGGAUAUGAAUGUAAUUUUCACUGAUUACGAUCAUAACAACGACAGUGUUAUAACGAAAGCAGAAUUCAUCGGGAGAUUUACUAACAAUCAACCAGAAAUGGAUACCAUAGCACAGGGUCUGUUUCUUACACUUGAUGUCAACCAAGAUGGCACUAUAUCUAAUCAUGACCUCGAGCUGUUCUAUCAAAGAAUGGAUACUGAUCAUAACAAACAUGUAGAUCAGUCAGAAUUCAAGAAAUAUUUUACAGAUGUGAUGACAUUACUGUUUGUUAUUCAAUUACAAGGAAAUACUACCACUACAACAGCAGCGUCUGGAUAGAGAAACAAAACGCAGAGUUUAUUAAAUUGUUACAUGUGUA